AGGAAGAAGGAAUUACAGACAACCGCGAACGCUCCACCUCUUAUCCAUCACCAAUGCUUAGCGACCUUUGAUAGGCCGAGAAUCAGCCACACAAACUCCAAAACUGAGACAUAUCGCCAGACAACAUGCUUCUUCCUCUCUCUGUAUCCUCCACCAUUUGCACUCUCGCCCUAGGCUACUUCCUCUGCAGCUCUCUCUCUUCCUCCUUCCUCUGCUACUGACAUUUCGUCCCGCCACCUUUUUGUGGAAAGUCCUGAGAGAGCUCUCCAGUCAGUAGGUAAAUGUUGUCCACUCAUUAAUUUGAUCAUCCAGUCAAAUUUCUCAGGUGCGUUUCUUGUAAAAUCAUCAAGAACCCAAUUUUCCUGCUCUGUUGCUCGUGUCAGCUGAGGGAUUCUGUUGCUGGGUAGCUUCAGUUUUUGCGGUUCCUUAAAGGGUGUGAGAUGGGUUUGGGGAAUUGCUAGGUUAUCAGCUCUGUCAGUGGAAGGUUUCACAUGGUGAUGAUACUCGUGGGGAGCAUACAGGGAGGAAGAAUGGUUUCUUUAGCUCCCGUGGCAUCUACUGUUGGUCUUUGCAGUAGCUCGGGAACAGUAUCGGGCUCUUCGGAAGCCUCCUUUUCGCUUGUCAGGAGGGUCUCUCUGUUGAAGGGCAGAUGCUGCAGAGAUCCCAAGAGAUGGCAUUGUAAAUACUCAGUCACUACAACAACUGAUUUCAUUGAGCAUACCAAUGCUCUCUCGCUUGAUUCCAGUGAUAAUUACCGUGGGAAUAGAGGUGAUGAUACUGGAAUUGAGCUUAAGGCCGCGCCAAAGCCGGUGCUUAAACCGUCGGGUCCCAAGAACAAUUCGGUACCAUGGGACCCUUCAGGGGCUGGUGGAGAUUCCAAGGGCGGUGGGUCAGACGAUGAGGAGGAGAGGAACAAAGUCAUUGAGUCGCUUGAUGAGGUUUUGGAGAAGGCGGAGAAACUAGAGACAUCUGAGAGGGAGGGUGGAACCGUGAAUGUACAGAAACCGACCAAUACGAGUAGUAAUUCAAGAAGCGUUGGAGUUGUAAAUUCAGCUGGAGGGAAGAAGGCUAAGACACUGAAGAGUGUCUGGCGCAAAGGAGACACUGUAUCAACUGUACAGAAGGUAAAGGUUGUACAGGAUCCUCCUACUAAUAAACUUGAAGUAGCAGAUAAAAAAACGGGCAGAGGAGGAACUGCGGAGAUGCAGCCUCAUGCCCCUUCCAUGCCUGCUGCUCAGCCUCCACUGAGGCCACAGCCGAAAUUAAUGGCAAAGCCCUCUGUGGCUCCUCCUCCGCCGAGGAAACCGGUCAUCUUGAAGGAUGUAAGAGCAGCUGCCAAGCCGGCUGUUGUUGAUGAAGAGAAUGGGGCUGUAAAAUCGAAGGAGAGAAAGCCUAUUUUGAUUGAUAAAUUUGCUCCUAAGAAGCCAAUCGUUGACCCUUUAAUUGCUCAGGCAGUUUUGGCCCCGACUAAGCCUGGGAAGGGGCCUCCUCCUGGAAAAUUUAAGGAUGAGUACCAUAGUAAGAAGAAUGCUUCUGCUGGUGGGUUCCGCAGGAGAAAGGCUGACAAUGAUGAUGUGGAAAUUCCUGAUGAGGAGGCCUCAGAUCUCAGCAUCAGCAUUCCUGGUGCAGCCACAGCUAGGAAAGGUAGGAAGUGGAGCAAAGCAAGUAGGAAAGCUGCAAGGCUACAGGCUGCAAAAGAUGCAGCUCCUGUGAAAGUUGAGAUUUUAGAGGUUGGGGAGAAGGGAAUGCUUGUAGAGGAGUUGGCCUAUAACUUGGCUAUUAGUGAAGGGGAAAUUCUUGGAAAUUUAUAUUCGAAGGGCAUUAAGCCUGAUGGGGUGCAAACUCUCGACAAGGACAUGGUGAAGAUGGUUUGCAGAGAGUAUGGAGUAGAAGUCAUAGAGGCUGAUCCUCUUAAGGUGAAUGAGAUGGCAAGAAAGAAGGAAAUUCUCGAUGAAGAUGAUUUGGAUAAGCUACAAGACCGGCCACCCGUAAUUACCAUCAUGGGUCAUGUCGACCAUGGCAAGACGACCCUUUUGGAUUACAUUCGCAAGAGCAGGGUGGCUGCAUCAGAAGCAGGUGGGAUAACUCAAGGCAUUGGAGCUUACAAAGUGCUAGUACCUGUGGAUGGCAAAUCACAAGCUUGUGUCUUUCUUGAUACUCCUGGACAUGAGGCAUUUGGAGCAAUGAGGGCUCGGGGAGCAAGAGUGACAGAUAUUGCUAUAAUUGUAGUGGCAGCAGAUGAUGGGAUCCUCCCUCAAACAAAUGAGGCCAUUGCUCAUGCAAAAGCUGCUGGAGUACCAAUUGUGAUUGCUAUCAACAAGAUCGAUAAAGAUGGAGCUAAUCCAGAAAGGGUGAUGCAACAGCUCUCUUCAAUUGGGUUGAUGCCAGAAGAUUGGGGUGGUGACAUCCCUAUGGUUCAGAUCAGUGCCUUGAAAGGAGAGAACAUAGAUGACCUGCUCGAAACCAUUAUGCUUGUUGCUGAGUUGCAAGAGCUGAAGGCCAAUCCGGACAGAAACGCAAAAGGAACAGUUAUUGAGGCUGGUGUUGAUAAAAAGAAAGGGGCAGUGGCUACAUUUAUUGUCCAAAAUGGCACCCUCAGAAAAGGGGAUGUUGUUGUCUGUGGAGAAGCUUUUGGGAAGGUUAGGGCAUUAUUUGAUGACAGUGGAAAACAGGUCAAUGAAGCUGGACCCUCGUUACCUGUACAGGUUACUGGAUUGAGUAACGUUCCACGUGCUGGUGAUGAGUUUGAAGUUGUCAAUUCCAUCGAUGUAGCACGUGAAAAGGCUGAGUUACGUGCCGAGACACUGAGAAACGAGCGAAUAUCAGCCAAGGCAGGGGAUGGAAAAGUCACCCUUUCUUCCCUAGCUUCUGCAGUUUCUUCCAGAAAACUUCCUGGUCUAGACUUGCACCAGCUCAAUAUUAUUAUGAAGGUCGACGUCCAGGGAUCUAUUGAGGCUGUGAGACAAGCCCUCGAAGUACUCCCACAAGAUAACGUUACCUUGAAGUUCCUCCUGCAGGCACCGGGGGAUGUCAGUACAAGCGAUGUAGAUCUUGCCUCUGCAAGUAAGGCCAUCAUUUUUGGGUUUAAUGUGAAGGUACCUGGCAGUGUGAAAAGCUACGCGGACAACAAAGGGGUGGAAAUUCGUCUCUACAGAGUCAUAUAUGAAUUGAUCGAUGAUGUUCGUAAUGCAAUGGAAGGACUUCUGGAUCCUUUUGAGGAACAAGAACCUAUUGGAUUUGCUGAGGUACGAGCGACAUUCAGCAGUGGAAGUGGACGCGUUGCUGGGUGCAUGGUUACAGAGGGAAAAGUUGUGAAAGGCUGUGGUAUUCGUGUUGUUCGAAAGGGGAAGCCUGUUUAUGUGGGCACUUUGGAUUCUCUCCGGCGGGUUAAAGAAAUGGUGAAGGAGGUAAAUGCUGGUCUAGAUUGUGGGAUUGGGAUGGAAGACUACGACGACUUUGAAGAAGGAGACAUUCUCGAGGCCUUUGACACGUUUCAGAAGAGGCGAACUCUCGAAGAGGCCUCUGCUUCAAUGGCCGCCGCAUUGCAAGGAGUCGGCGUCAACCUAUAAGUAAAGAUUGCACAAAAAUUCAUCAUCAAAUCGAUCUUCUUUUGUGUUCGUUUACAAGCCGGGUGUUCUGCGAGCGCAGCCAUGAACAACAGCCCGAAAAGAUCCUCAACAUUCUCGGCAGGUGAUGAGGAAACAAUCUAACCGUUGGAGACGCACACUUCGUGGGGCUGCUGAGAAUACUGUACCUGUCAAUUGUUCUUUCUGUGCUAUUACACUGUAUAUAAUAAUUCUUACUUCAGAGAUUUAUUUCUGCCUUUUGUUGUAAAGAGGAUGCAAUGUUUACUGUAACUCCUCGAAAUUCAGGGCAGAGAUGUCUGUGUAACGACUCGGAGAAAAUCUUAAAGGAUCCGUGAAAUUCUUCCGAGGUUUUGAGCUAUCGGCAACUAUGUGUC